AUGCGAAAGUCAACAUUGCAUACCCUGGCUGUGCCUCCAGGAAUCGGUUGCACCAUUUCAAGUAGAUGGAUAAUCUCCAGGCUUUGUCGCCACACUGGAAUUUUGGGUUUCAGGUCGACCAGUCGCACAGCCAGUACAGUCAUCAGCCAGCAUUGCAUUCGGUCACUCGUUCCAAUGAAUGCCUCAUCAUCGUCUCACCUUGACCAUCCAUCGACUGUGAUGCCAAGCCCAUCACCGAUACUUUCUAAGCAGUUCUGGUACACGGCUCCGGACGCCAACGUCGCCUCGAACAUCAUCAUCUCGAAGACGGUAGCCCUACUGCUAAGCUUGCUCCAAAAACGCAUACGCGGCCGACAAACAAGCUUCGCUGUGAUCAAGAUGGCGCGAGUUCUCUCUCCGUCUUGACCGUCUGCUGGCCCCAUUCACAGGCCCUCUGCGCUAAAGUCUUGGUUCCCGCUUUAGUCCCCGAUAGGAAGCUCACAACCUCCUUCUGCCAUUGAGUCCCACGCCUCACAAUGCCGCCACAGGCAGGUUUCUGGAAGCCUUCGUCAGGCUUGGUCUCGCUGUCAGCAGCAGCUAGCGUGCGACGUCUGCGUUUGUUCCUGACUGUCUCGAGGCGUUCAACCACCACAAAGAUGGGACGAAUAAUUAUAGACGGUUGAU